GAGAGAGAGCGAGCGAGGGAGAGAGAGAGGCAGAGGGUGAGACCGUGGGAGAGAGAGAGAGAGAGAGAGAGAGAGAGAGAGAGAGAGAGAGGGUGGGAGGGUCCAACUAGUUGUUGAUGGAGUUGCUGUGCGCUUUCCGAACUCACCUCUUCCACACCAGAAGUUUGCCUUUCCUCCACACAACAUCAAAACUUCCGGCUUCUCCAGGGAACAGGUUUCUUCGCCGCGACGCAGAUGUCAAGGCAAACGGCGUGUUUUCUGGUGACCCUGACCCCCGGGCAAUCGACCGCCAGAAAGCCCUGGAGGCUGCGAUGAAUGAUAUUAACAGUUCGUUCGGCAACGGGAGCGUCACUAGACUGGGAAGUGCUGGCGGCGCGCUGGUCGAAACCUUCCCAAGCGGCUGCCUAACGUUGGACCUUGCUCUUGGUGGUGGUCUUCCCAAAGGGAGGAUCGUCGAGAUAUUUGGCCCGGAAAGUAGCGGGAAAACCACCUUGGCACUACAUGCAAUUGCAGAAGUACAGAAGCUUGGAGGUAACGCCAUGCUUGUUGAUGCUGAACAUGCAUUUGAUCCAUCUUAUUCAAGGGCUUUAGGAGUUGACAUUGAAAAUUUAAUCGUGUGCCAGCCGGACAAUGGGGAGAUGGCAUUAGAAAUUGCAGAUCGUAUGUGCAGAUCUGGAGCAAUAGAUCUCAUUUGUGUUGACUCUGUUUCUGCUCUUACCCCAAGAGCAGAAAUUGAAGGUGAGAUCGGAAUGCAACAAAUGGGUCUGCAAGCACGUCUUAUGAGCCAAGCACUACGUAAAAUGUCAGGAAAUGCCUCAAAAGCUGGUUGCACCCUCAUUUUCCUGAAUCAGAUAAGAUACAAGAUUGGUGUUUUCUAUGGGAAUCCUGAGGUCACCAGUGGAGGAAUUGCUUUGAAAUUCUUUGCAUCUCUUCGCCUCGAAAUUCGCCCAACUGGGAAAAUAAAAUCACCCAAAGGAGAUGAAGACAUUGGCAUCAGGGUUCGUGUAAGAGUGCAGAAAAGCAAGGUGUCAAGACCAUAUAAACAAGCUGAAUUUGAUAUUAUGUUUGGGGAAGGAGUUAGUAAGUUGGGGUGCAUAUUGGAUUGUGCUGAGAUGAUGGAUGUUGUUGUAAGGAAGGGUUCUUGGUAUAGCUAUGCAGAUAUUAGCAGGUUGGGGCAGGGAAGGGAUAAAGCUCUGCAGUAUUUACGGGGAAAUCCUCAUCUUGGCAAUGAGAUAGAAAUGAGCCGGGUUCAAAUGGACUUCUCUUUUUCUCACGUUAGUAUGUCUUCUAACUUCUUUAAUAAACUUGUCUCUAAAGUAUUGAAUAGCUUGAAUUUUUUCAAUAAUGUAUUAGAAACCUUGACUAUUUCAACUGAGAGAAGAAAGAUCAAUCCCGGUCACCUACAUCACAUUUACAUUGUCUAGGUGCUUUUUGGCAUUACUUGAAGACUAUUCAGCCACACAACUUUGAGACAUGUUAAUUCUAACAUAUUCACAAGUGAGUACAUGAGGGACAGGGUGAUAAAUACCAUCACCAAUGACAAUGUGACUCAUACCAGACUACGGAAGUGGAUUAAGGAGUUGACCUGCUUGUGACAUGGGCUGGUGCACGAGAUUCUAGAAACCAUUUUCCACGAUCAUAUUGUCGCAAGUUCAACUGAGCAAGGGCAAAAUGCGGCAGUUCCUUGAUUUCACCCCUUAUUAUUCUCAUUGUUUGCGUUUGUUUGUGGAGCUUUUCCUUUGUUCCGAGGAUUAAACUAACAAUUCGCCUUGAUAUGGUCCCGAUGUUGCAUGGAAACAAGUAGGAUGAUUUCGUUGUUUUUGAGAAUUUGGAGGGAUAUUAUGGGUGGGAAGAAUGCCUUGCCAUCCCGGUUGGUCCUUGCCUUGGCCACUUGUCCUUCCCAGACACCAAAGCUAGCUUAGCUACUUGUGGAGGAUGCAC